UGUAGACUUUACUACAGUAGGGUGUAACGGCUUAAGGCCUUUAUAAGCUUUCCCAAGGGUGGGGUCAGGAGCCAGCUUUUCAUUGGUCGUAAUUUGGCCCCAGAGAAGUCCAAUGAAAUCUGGAAUUCAGAGUCUUUGUUAUGUAGGCUUGUACUGAAAACGGAAGUUUCAUGUACGGACCAAUGGGAAUGCAAAGUAUUUUGAGGCCUAAUUUACAUAAGGUGGUUAUAAAAGGCUCUAGUCCGCCGGGUUCCAGCUUGUUUUCCCACUUACUAGGCAACCUUUCUGUGUUUUCAAUCAUGCCUGAGCCGGCUAAACCCGCCCCGGCUCCUAAGAAGGGCUCCAAGAAGGCUGUCACCAAGGCGCAAAAGAAAGACAGCAAGAAGCGCAAGCGCAGCCGCAAGGAGAGCUACUCCAUCUACGUGUACAAGGUGCUGAAGCAGGUGCACCCCGACACAGGCAUCUCGUCCAAGGCCAUGGGCAUCAUGAAUUCAUUUGUUAAUGACAUCUUCGAGCGCAUCGCGGUUGAGGCUUCGCGCCUGGCUCAUUAUAACAAGCGCUCCACCAUCACGUCACGGGAGAUCCAGACGGCCGUGCGCCUGCUGCUGCCGGGGGAGUUGGCUAAGCACGCCGUGUCCGAGGGCACCAAGGCGGUCACCAAGUACACCAGCGCCAAGUAGAAGCCCUCCUGGAUGAGGCGCUCGCUGGCCCUUUUGCUCUAAAGUCUCUCGCAAGAGCCACCGACUUAAAUCAGGAAAGAGCUUUGUCCACUUGCAUUAGUUUCUAGCUCCUAUCCCAAAGUUACUUUAAGGGUCUUGGAGACGGUACACUUCAGUUUCAGACAUUUGUAGUUUGAGGUUCCCUGAGCUGGUUUGCAGGUGCCUGUAGAGCUAGCACCCCGCUUAGCUUCUUGGAGUUUUAAACUGGGGUAAUGGAGGUCGGCCUCUGGGCGGGUUUCUUCCGGGUUCUAGACUGGUGUUCGGGCGCUUUAUUUACGGACCUAAAGAGAGAUGACUUGACUGCUUCGGCCGUUAGAGGGCUCCAGGACACACCUAAACCUGUGUCGACGAAUGCUGCGCUCGGUCCAGUUAUGUGUCCCGGGUACGGGCGGUUUCCUGUACUUAGGGCGGUGUUCUCGCCUUUAACUGAAAGAUUUACCAUCAUCACAAACGUUCCGCGUUGCUGCGGAUUUCGAAGACGUCUGUUGGAGUUCUUCAGGCUUUAGAAUCCCCUGUUCAUGGCUUGUAAUUUUACACCCACAUCCACACCCCCAUUUAAUACUUUGCGUUAUCCUCUGCGGUGCCAGGUUCCUGCAAAGAUUGCUCAUGUUUUUGCUCUUGGACCCAUGAAGCGAUCUUUAAUUAACCCACUCAAGGAGUUAGCUUUUUCCUGCCUGCCGAGUCUCCACUGUCUGAAGUUGUUUGCUUUCUUGUUUACGCUGUCUCUGGUGAAGCUGGCCUGAGGUUCUGAUACCUCCAGAGCCCACAAAUGCCUGACACACCCCAGACGCUCAAGUACUUAUUAUUGAAUUCAUUUUUAUGUCAGUGCUUUUGAAAUUGCUUCCGUGGCCGGGGGUGGGCGGGGCGGCUUGUCUGUUUGAUGUGUGUGAAGACACGAUAGAACAGAAAUGUUUUGAGGAUUCUUUCUCCAAGUCUGUCCUUAGUUAAUGCGAUGGCUGUUCUUGGUUAUCAACUUGACUACAUCUGGAAAUAAGUA